GCAUUAAUACAAGCAUGCCUCGCCCACUGCUGCUGUACUUGUGCUGCACCGCCGCCGCGUUCGGACCGCGCCCGCAACGACGACCACCACCUCUACUCAAGUCGUCACAAAACCCCGUGCCCCCGGAGGACAGGCCCGACCGCCCGCCGGGCAUCGACCCGACGCAGCUCCCCGACGCGUCGACGGCGGCCGGCGUCGCGCAGAUUUUGGAGGUCACGUUCGUCAACGCCUGCAUGCAGCUCGCGACGGGCUACGUCGACACGCUGAAGCUCUUCAUCGCCGCAGCAUUAACGGCCUACGAGCGGGGCUUCACCGUCAAUGCGCUGAGUCUCGAACUCGCGCAGUGCCCGCAGCAGACCGCGGGGCGGCCGCUCAUGCAGGAGGAGGUCGAAUUGCGGAGCGUCUGGCUCUCGCUCGUGUAUCUGACGCUCGCGAACGUGCGCCACGAAUCGGAGGCGUCCGAAUCGGUGGGCGCGUCCGUGCCGGCGGAGAUCCGCUCGCAGUUCCAGACUUUUGUCUACGACGUCGUGAACGCGGCGCAGGGCGGCUACACGCUCGAGUCGCUCAAGCUGGAGGACAUGCUGCGGCGCCAAGGUACCGAUUCCGAAAGUCUGGGCGCCGUCGAGAAGGCCAUCCUCGGCCAGAGCAUGCGCGUCGUCUUCCUGACGCUGACCGUGCGCGACGAGGCCGCGGCGGCGGGCGACCUGCCGCCGCCGCGGCGGCCCGGCCCGUCCAUCCCCGGCGCGCCGAGCGGCUUCGACCCCUAG